UUUAAUGCCACACGUGGUUUGCAUCAAAACACAAAUAAUUCAAAAUUUGUUUAGAGGUUUUUGGUUUGGUGCUCUUUCGUUUUUAUUUUAAGCAGCUUCCCUUCUUGAUAGCUACAGUCAUGACAAAGGAUUUAGGUGCACAAUCACCAGCAGAUUCUCCCAGUGAUGACCUAUAUAAAUCUAAAAGAGGCCGUAGACCCUCGCAAGCAAAGUUGGCAAUGUUGGAAUCCAAAAAAUUGUUUGCCGAUAAGAAGAGGUUUCUUGAUGCUGAUGAUAAUAAAAGGCAAGUUAAAAAGAAGAAAUUAACUGCUGAUAACAAUGCUAAAAAUGCUUCAAAAAUAAAGAAGAAAAAGAAUGCAAAGGGAAAGGGCAUAGAUGAAGUACGAAAUGGAAAGAAAAACUUUAAAAAAGAAAAACCAGAGGAUGACAGGAAAAGGCGUAGACGUCGUAAUGUUGUUUCUCGUUAUGACGCCGAUUACAGUGAUGACGAGUUGAGCAGUGAGGAAGAACUAUGGGGAGAUUCGAAAAGAAACUCACUUCGUAGCACUGAUCACUGCUAUGAUGACCGUGAUGAUUUGUUUUUUGAAUCUGAUGACGAUGGCGAGGACGAUGAUUUAGAUAAUGAUAUUUUGCAAAAUUCUGAUGAAGAUACUGAAGAUGCAAGUGAAACGGAUAUGGCUACGUUGGAAGAGGAGAUAUCAGAAAUGAAGGAACAAAUGUAUCAAGAGAAAAUCAAAGAACUGAAGGGAAAACUUGAGAAGUUGCAAAAUAAAACACUUCCAGAAUUUGUUUGCAAACUUGAAGAGCUACAAAAACAAAAAGAAGAAUGGAUUCGAAGAGCUUAUGCCUUCAAAGCAUACGAGGAACGCGAAAUUGAACGAGAAUAUGAGCGCGAAAAGAAACUGUCGAAACAAGAUUUCGAGCAAAAGAAAGACGAGCUGAAAGAGAUAUUAAUAAACGAGCUUCACGAAAAGAAGAAAAUGAUCGAGACGGAAAAGUCUACUUUGGAGCUCACGGGAGGAAUGAAUUCCAUAUUACCGCUAGAAGUCAAACCUGCCGUCACACGAAAACUUCGACGUCGUCCGAAUGAUCCGCCACCCGUAACAGAGAAGAAACGCAAAACAGCCACGAUGCAGUUAAAUAUCUUACUCACGGAAGAACAAGUACUCGCCGACCUGAAAAAACUGAAUAAACAUCACAAAAGUCCUCCAGAAGAAAAGCCGAUACUAAAAAACGUAAAAACCGACAAUAAAUGCGAUCCAGCGGUGUUUCCGGACGGUUCUGACGCCAAAAUUAAAGAUGAAAAACUAUAUUUUAACAAAGAAUGGUAUCAAAGUGGAGAUCCUAUAUAUCUAAAUACCAGAGACCGUGAAAGAUUCAAUGCGCAAAUACAUUCAAUAACAAGCAAGGGAGAGAUUUGGAUUAAGAAGCUUACUGAAGGAACCCGUCUAAAAAUAUACGUUGGACAUUUACAACGCGGAAAGUACGCGAUUGAGAGAAGGGAUAUGAAUAAUACGAAGAAAUAGGAAGAAACAAAUGUUUGCGACUAUCAAUCGUCGUACGGCAGUUGUUGCCACUUGUAGAAAUGCGACGCACUUACGUUUGAUUUGAAAAAAAGGAGCAAUAUGGUAAAUAUUCUCAACACAAAAGAACGCGUGUUUUGCUUGGAAACUGUCGUAUUCUGGGGCUUAUAUUUUUAAAGAAACUUUUGGCGCUUUGUUGCAUUCUUAAGACUGAUAUGUUGACGUAUAAUUCAAAAUAAGUUCAAUUUUUUGAACACUGUACAUUAGCUAUUUAAUGUGUAAAAUAAUAUUCUAUAAAUGA